GCUAUUUGGCGUACAAUUUGACCUAGCGCUGCAGACGAGAUAUUAAUUUUCCAUGGCGGUCACUUCGUCGUCCCCUACGACAUCGUCCUCGUCUUCCGACUCAUCCGAUGGGCGCCGGCGCCGCAGAAGACAGAAUCGAAAGAUUAAAACGAGCAGGGAUUCCCACAAAAUUAGCAAGAAGAGUCGAUCUCACUCGAAGCGUCGCCGUCGGCGUCAUUCUUCGUCGUCAUCGGAAGGCCACGCUUCUUCAUCCUCGUCCGGAGACUACAGUUCCUCUGACAGUGAACAUCAUGCAUCUCACCGUUCAAAGAGGCAUAAACAGAGUGAUAAAUCAAAUAAGAAGAAAGAUAGGGUAAAAAUUCACAAACACAAGCGUGAUAAAGAAAAAACAAAGGAGAAGCAACAGGAAGAGCUCAGUGGUCCCGUUCAACUUUCGAAGUUUCUGGGAAGGGACAAAGAGAAAGACGACAGUGCUCGCCGCAGUGCGGUUUCUGGGAAGAAGAUACUAUUAAAGGUUGAGAAAACAAAGGAAGACAAAAUGGCAGAGAGCAAUCGGAAUAAGCUCUUGCAGUUCUUGAAUGCUAGCUACGACUGAUUUGCAGUCACAUUCUCCUACCCAUCAAUGGCGAUGACUUAUUAUUGUUGUUUUCCUUCUCUACGUGACAUUGUUAUUCAAGGUUCUUCGCCUGAAUGCAACUAUUGCUGGUGCCUGGUAAGUGAAUUCGUCGGCAUUGCACUUUCGGGCGAUUUUCUAACUAUAAGUUUCUCUUUUUUUCUGUAAGCAUAUUUCUGUUAUUGUUGUUGGUGGCUUUUCUUGUU